AACCCACACGGUGAAAAAGAAAUUCAAAUCCAUCCCCCAAUGUUCCAUCGGCACCCAAAUCCUUCUUCUCCACCAAAUCCGUAGUGGAGCAGCUUCCUUCGCAGCAGGAUCGAGCGGGAGGCGAGGCAGCCAGGCGGCAGGCGCACACGCGAAGGCGGUGAGGGCGCGGGCGGCGUCGCCUGACGAGCGACUAGUCGGCGUCGAGAGGAAACCCUAACUCUUUGGGUCGCGGCUGCCGGCGGCGGCUGAGCCAAGUCCGCAUCGAUUCACCUCCACUCCAUGCCUUCCAAUCCUCCUCCCCCGCCGCCUCCCGGGUCGUCGUCUUCGGCUCCGGCGGGGGCCAGCUACUUCCCGCUCCCUUUCCAUCUGCAGCAGCACCAGCCGCAGCCGCAGAUGCCGCCGCCGAUGGCGCCGAACAGCUACCAGCAGUACCAGCAGCAGCUGCACCAGGCGCACCAGCUCUUCCAGCGGGACGCGCAGACAAUCACCCCCGAGGCGCUGCAGAGCGUCAAGGCUGCCCUCGCCACCAGCGACGUCCUCGACCCCGCCGCCAGCGCCAGCGCCAGGCCCUCCGAUCCCUCCGCCAGCAAGAAGCCCAUCCCCCGCCGCGCCGCAGGACAGUCCUGGGAGGACCCCACCCUCACCGACUGGCCCGAAAAUGAUUAUAGGCUGUUCUGUGGAGAUCUAGGCAACGAAGUUAAUGACGAUGUCCUCUCCAAAGCUUUCUCACGGUUCCCCUCCUUCAACAUGGCAAGGGUUGUUAGAGAUAAGAGGACUGGCAAAACUAAAGGUUAUGGAUUUGUGAGCUUUUCAAACCCUACUGAUCUGGCUGCAGCAAUAAAAGAAAUGAAUGGAAAGUAUGUAGGUAACCGCCCAAUUAAAUUGCGUAAGAGUAACUGGAAGGAGAGGACAGAUGUUGAGGCUCUGGAAAGGCAAAAGAAUCAUGUCCAGAGGAAGCCUAAAAUGCCCAAGAAGAGUAUUCUGCACAAGUAAAGCUAUACAGGUCAUUCUGAUAAUGAUCCCUGCAGAUGUACUGCUCCCUUGGGAUGAUGUGAUUUCAGGAAGUCCUUCUCUUUCUGCACUACUAGUCGAGACGAAAGGCUGCUGCCUGCUGUUACUUGGGCUGUGCGAAUGCUUGUGACCACAAAACGGAGCAUCAACAGCCACUUGAUACAAGUUGUGCUCCAUCUUUCUGCUUCCCUUUCCCAACAGUUGUACUUAUACGUUGAUGUUGCAUUCCGGAACAGUAUGAUGACUAAUGGCCGACGAGAGCGUUUUGGUGCAGCCAAAUGAACCUUUUGCUUUAGGUUUCAGCCAAAUAAACAAUCAAUUUUCAUUCA